UGAAAGUGUUAGCUGCCAAAGUGCCCUUUACCAAAGAUACAACAUGCAACAGAUAUUUGUAGCCUUUCUGAUAGCUGCCUGUAUUUUUACAGUGGCAUAUGGACAUGACCACGCUCACUACAAAUUCGCGUACGGCGUGAAGGACCCCCACACCCACGACCACAAGGACCAACAUGAACACCGUGAAGGCCACCACCUCGACGGAGAGUACAACUUGCACGAACCAGACGGUACCCACCGAGUGGUGAAGUACCGUUCGGACCACAAGACAGGCUUCGAGGCGAUCGUAGACAGAGACGGUAUUGCUAAGCAUCCGCAUGGAGCCACCAGCUACGUGAAGGUGACCCAUUGGGGAAACCAGGGCCCUGAGGAACACCAUCACCACCACUGAUUUGGAUUUUGCACUUGUUGCUGUACAUGCCGUACAGUUUUGUCGACUUAUGUAGCAUGUUGCUACUUGAUGUUUUGUUACUGUCUAUGAACCACUAUUAGAGCGAUU